GCAGCUCCCGCCACAACUUUCUGCUUCUAAACAACCCUAAAUCGAUACAUUCUUUGGUUGAUUGCAGAAAUUUCACUUUCAUUCUUUCCAUUUCUGUCAAAAAUUUCUGUUUGAACUUCUAAACCACCUCCUCCCAUCGCCGACAACCUCUUCCCACCUUCUCUCAUCGUCGACCUCGCACACCCAGAAGCUUCCGCAGCGACGCCAAGCCACUGAACCGUCGUGACGCACCAGGUGAAGAAGUAUGAAAGAGCUCGUGACUUUUCAAGUUGGGAGUUAUGCUAAUUUUAUCGGUUCUCACUUUUGGAACUUCCAGGAUGAAUUGCUUGGAUUAUUUGAAGACCCUCAAGCUGACUUGGUCUUCAAGAAUCAAAACCUUGAUAUGGAUGUUCUCUAUCGCACUGGAGAGACUCAACAGGGCAUCCCUACAUACACACCUCGCUUAAUUUCAGUCGAUUUUCAAGGAUCUCUUGGAUCCAUGAGUUCACAUGGGACAUUAUACAACCAAAGUUCAUCACUUUCAUCAAGUAUUACUACAUGGAAUGGAAAUGUUUCUACUCAAGCAUCUGAACCCUAUAAAAAGAACUUAUUCUUGCAAAGAUUGUAUGAUGAAGGGAAAGAGAAAGUUGCUAAUGCAAAUGGUGAUUCACAAAUUGAGAUUCAAGAUACAGAUGUAGUUAAUUCACUUGAAGAAAGUGUCGAGUUUUGGACAGAUUAUUCAAAAGUUCAUUAUCAUCCACAAAGUUUAUUCGAGUUAAACGGGUCAUGGGUCAACCCACAAGAAUUUAACAACUAUGGAAUUGGAAAAAAUACUUUAUCUGAAGGUCUACAAGGAGAUGAAAUCAAUGAAAGAUUUCGUUUCUUCAUAGAAGAAUGUGACCAUGUUCAAGGAAUUCAAUUUAUCAUUGAUGAUUCAGGAGGAUUUUCUGGUGUUGGUGCUUCAAUUUUGGAGAAUAUUGCAGAUGAUUACACUAAUGUUCCUGUUGUACUCUAUUCUGUUCGAAGCCCUAGUUCUUUUAUAAACCCUAAAACCCGAAAACAAAACGUUUAUAGUAAUCUUCAUGAUGCUGUGUCAUUUUCAGCACUUUCAUCUUUAUGCAACUUAAUCAUUCCUGUAGGUUUACCAUCUUUAAACGAAAGCAGGUUUUCUCAAUUUCUUAAUCUACAAGACAACAAGUUGUAUCAUUCAAGUGGUGUUUAUGCAUCUGUGAUUCAUUCUGUUUCUCUCCCUUUUCGGAUGAAGAGAAUUGGUCCUAAUGGUGAAUCAUUGAAUGAAUGUGGGGCCAUGGAUUUAUAUGAAGGGAUACAAAUGUUAGCAGGGCAAGGGAGGCAAAAUUCCGUUACUGUCCUUGAUGCUUGCAUUCCAGCACCAUCAUUAGUUGGUAGAGUGUUUAAGCAAUCUUUGCUUGAAAAGUUGCUGCCUUUGACCCCUGAAACUGCACAUGAUGUGGAAGACUUGCAAGCCAUUGAAUCGGUUAUAGUGCAGGGAGUCCUUGGAUCUGAGGAGCAUGAGGCCAUGUUGUCUGAAGUGAAGGAAGCGGUCGAAACCGCAUACGAGAAGGCAACCACAAGGCCAAGAUUCUCUCACUUAUCGGUAUCGCGGUGUCCGAUUCCGAUUCCGUUACCGUUUCCUUCGAUCUUCGGAAAGCGUGUUGGUAGACGUGGGGAGAUAUUAAGUAACCCAGUAUCGGAAUCGGAAUCUAUGUCAAGGAGGGGAUCGAUUGAUGUCCAUUCAAUUCCUAUGGCGGCCCGAUUGCGUUCUAGUACGGCUAUUUUACCGUUUUUGGAGAAUAGAUUGGGAAACAUUCGGAAGUUUGGGCUUGAAAGAGGAUCGAUAGGUGCGGAAGUUCUUAGAAAUUGGGGUUUUGGAAGGGAAGAAGUUGAAGAGAUUGGUGAAAAUCUUUCGAAAUUGGUUGUUACACUUGAUCCUCAUCAGGGUUAUUCUUCUGAUUCUGAUUAA